ACCUGGUCCACCCAGUAUGCUCAUCUGAACUAACACUCAUGGUUUCAGAUAUGAAGUUUCUCUUCCUCUUUUCUCUCAUCUUCUUCUUCUUCCUCUCUUCUUCUAAUGGAGUUUCUGCACGUAAUUCGUAUGUCAAGAAGCAAGCAUCGAUCCUGGUUUCUGUAAAGCAACAGCUUGAAUCCUCCAGUUCUACUGCUCUAGCUGAUUGGAAUGUCUCCAACUACUUGUCUCUUUGCUCUUGGACCGGCAUCCAAUGUGAUGGGUUGAAUACGUCGGUCGUUUCUCUUGAUAUAGCGAAUUUUAACAUCUCUGGUUCUCUCUCUCCGGUCAUCGUCCAACUUCAAGGCCUUGUUAAUCUCUCGGUGUCUGGUAACAGCUUCUCCGGUGAGUUUCCGCAAGAUAUACACAAGCUAAAGAGGCUCAAGUUUCUGAAUAUAUCGAGAAAUAUGUUCACCGGAGAGCUGAACUGGGAUUUCUCUCAGAUGAAAGAGCUGGUGUCGCUAGAUGUUUACGAUAAUAAUUUCAAUGGCUCACUCCCAGUAGGCGUCACUGAGCUUCCUAAUCUCACGCACUUGAACUUUGGGGGCAAUUACUUUAGCGGAGAAAUUCCCGCAGUCUACGGUGGUUUGGAGGGGCUGGAAUAUCUUUCUCUUGCCGGAAAUGAUUUAAGCGGUCGUAUUCCGGCUGAGCUGGGAAAUCUAACGAAUCUCAAGCAGCUUUUCCUGGGUUACUACAAUGUGUUCGACGGCGGAAUUCCAGCAGCGUUUGGGAAAUUGGUCAAUCUUGUACGAUUGGACCUAGCAAACUGUAGCCUGGACGGUCCGAUUCCUUCCCAAGUCGGACACUUGAGGCAACUGGAUACUCUCUUCUUGCAAACGAAUGAGAUCAGCGGUGAAAUUCCUCCUCAACUAGGCAAUCUGAGUAACUUGAAAUCUCUUGACCUUUCGAACAAUAUGCUAACAGGGGAGAUUCCACUCGAGUUAUCUACUCUUCGUCGACUCAUCCUCCUCAACUUAUUUGUCAACAGGUUCCAUGGCGAGAUCCCUGAUUUCAUUGCCGAGUUACCCGAGUUGGAAGUCCUGAAGCUGUGGCACAAUAAUUUGACAGGUUCAAUUCCUUCAAAGCUGGGAGAGAAUGGUAGAUUGGUGGAGCUUGAUUUGUCAACUAAUAAGCUCACUGGUUUAAUCCCAAAAUCUCUUUGCUUGGGAAGGAAGCUGCAGAUCUUGAUUCUGUUCGACAAUUUCUUGUUCGGCACUCUACCGGAGGAUCUUAGUGAAUGUGAUACAUUAUCAAGAGUUCGGAUGGGACACAAUUAUCUUACAGGAUCGAUACCGAACGGAUUGCUUUUCUUACCGGAGCUAUCGCUUCUGGAGUUGCACGACAAUGACCUAACCGGAAGAAUCCCACAGGAUACAGGGAGGAUACCGACGAAACUAGGCCAGCUGAAUCUUUCAAACAACAAGUUAUCAGGUUCACUUCCGACUUCGAUCGGAAAUUUCUCUGGCUUGCAGCUUCUGCUACUUGGUUCCAACAGAUUCACUGGACAAAUUCCAUCCGAAAUUGGCCGACUGAAAGCUGUGCUGAAGUUGGAUAUGAGUAGAAAUAACUUGUCAGGUACAAUACCAUCCGAGUUAGGCGAUUGUCCCCUACUAACAUACAUUGAUUUGAGCCAGAACCAACUAACUGGUCCAAUCCCUGUUCAAAUCGCUCAAAUUCACAUACUCAAUUACCUCAAUGUGUCUUGGAACAACUUAAACGAAAGCCUUCCAAAGGAAAUUGGUUCCAUAAAAAGCCUAACGAGUGCAGAUUUUUCUCACAACAACUUGUCCGGAUCAAUACCGCAGUUCGGACAGUACUCAUUUUUCAACUUGACAUCCUUCGUAGGAAACCCUCAGCUUUGUGGAUCAUACUCGAACACUUGUGAGUAUUCUUCGUUGGACCAUCACCAGGGUGGCACCAAGUCUCAAGUGCCUGCAAAAUACAAGUUCCUUUUCGCAUUGGGACUCCUGGCUUGUUCAUUGAUAUUUGCAGCUUUUACAAUCAUCAAAACCCGAAAAGGUCGAAGAAGUUCACAUCAAUGGAAGCUGACGGCUUUCCAGAAGCUCGAAUUCAGAAGCCAAGACAUACUGGAAUGCAUAAAAGAGAACAAUGUGAUAGGGAGAGGUGGAGCAGGCAUUGUGUACAGAGGAAUCAUGCCAAACGGAGAACAAGUAGCAGUGAAGAAGCUAUUAACCAUAAGCAAAGGUUGUUCCCAUGAUAAUGGCCUCUCAGCAGAAAUACAGACUUUGGGUAAGAUUCGACACAGGAACAUCGUGCGCCUGCUGGGAUUCUGUUCCAAUAAAGACACCAAUCUUCUAGUCUACGAAUACAUGCCAAAUGGAAGCUUGGGCGAGGUCCUUCACGGAAAGGACGGUGGCUAUCUCAGGUGGGAUACGAGGCUGAAAAUAGCCAUGGAGGCUGCAAAAGGCCUGUGUUACCUGCAUCAUGAUUGUUCACCACUCAUACUCCAUAGGGAUGUCAAGUCCAACAACAUUUUACUAAACUCGGAUUUCGAGGCUCAUGUUGCAGAUUUCGGGCUUGCUAAGUUCUUGCAAGGCACUGAAACUUCGGAGUGCAUGUCAGCCAUUGCUGGUUCAUACGGUUAUAUUGCUCCAGAGUAUGCAUACACUCUAAAAGUGGACGAGAAGAGCGACGUGUACAGCUUCGGAGUGGUGCUUUUGGAGCUGAUAACGGGGCGGAGGCCGGUGGGUGAGUUCGGAGAAGAGGGGCUGGACAUCGUGCAGUGGAGCAAGAGGGAGACUAAGAUGAGAAAGGAAGGGGUGUUGAAGAUAUUGGACCAGAGAGUUUGGGAUACGGUGCCGGAGGAGGAAGCCAUGCAGGUUUUCUUUGUGGCCGUGUUGUGCGUGGAGGAGCACAGCGUGGAGCGACCCACCAUGAGAGAAGUUGUUCAAAUGCUUGCUCAGGCCAAGCACCCUAACACUUUUCACAUGCAAUGACUCUUUGUCUCUAUUUAUGUAAUACACACCUUGUUUUUGGUUGAUA